AUGUCAGGAUUCCAGUUCGGACUCAACAUGAAGAAGAAGGGCGGCCCAGUGCUCGCAAAGCCCCGACCAGCACCCUCUCGGCCCAUGGGAGGACUCGCCGCAUUCGGAGACCACAGCUCAGACGAAGACAACCUCGACGACCAACCACCACUUCCAACCAAGGGGAAAACCACAGCCCGCCUCCCUCCUCCCUCCAUGUCAGACUCACCACCACAUCCUUCUUCAGCAACAACAACAUCAGCGACAACAUCAUCAGCAACCACAAACUCAACCUCGGCCGUCAACAAAUCCCUCCGCUCCUACGCAACGGCAACCCUCGAAUCGACCUCAGUCAUCGAACUACAGAACGCCGCCCUCGCUCAGGACGCAACCGUCUUUGACUACGAUGGCAUCUACGACCAACUCAAGGCCGGAGACCGUGCGCGAGAACUCGCCCGCAAACAGGAAUCCGCCGAACGCAAACCCAAAUACAUCCAUGCCCUCCUCGAGGCCGCCGAGACCCGGAAACGAGACCGCCAGAUUGCUGACGAGAAGCGGAUCGAACGUGAACGUGAACGCGAGGGGGAGGAGUUCAAGGACAAGGAACAGUUUAUUACACCCGCUUAUAAGGCUCAGAAGGAGGCAAUGCGGGUUGCAGAGGAGGAGGAUCGAAAGAAGGAGGAGGCGUUGGCAAAGGAUAAAGAUGGGUCGUUGAUGCAAGGAUUUUAUAGGAACCUUUUGGAUGAGCGGUCAAGGAUGAGACCAGAGGGUGCCGGUUCGUUGACACCUCAACAACUGGCUGCGGCGACCAAGGAGCUGGAGUUGUUGGAGGAGGAGAAGCGACAGAAAGAAAAGGCGGAUCAAGAGUUGCUAAAGGACGCCCAGGAACGUGGACUUAGAGUUGCUGUGAACGAGGAGGGCCAAAUCGUCGACAAGGACGAGUUACUUUAUGGUGGACUCAACGUGAGGAAGAAACCAACUUCCGCCAACGACAACUACAGAUCGUCAUCCUCAUCAUCACGUUCAAGAGACGACCGUUCGAGAUACGACCGCGACAGAGCAUAUGCCGAUUAUAAGAACUCCAAAUCUCGGGGAGGUAGACGUGGCCAGGAGGAAGAGGACCCUUCAGCCGACCAGCGUUCCAGGAUGACAGAGCAGAUCGAACGGCAACUGUUAGAGCAGGAGAAGAAGCAAGAGGAAGAAGAAAAGGAACGACAAGAGUCUAUCCGAGAGGCCCUUAAGCGCAAGAACCAGGACGACCAAGUCAUGGAUGCCAAGGCCCGUUACUUGGCCAGAAAGGCUGCCGCUGCUGCCGCCAAGAAGGACUCAUAG